AGGUCCCUGCGUGACUGGUCGGCCGCCCGCUCUCCCGCCGGGCGCCGCGGCGGCAGUUACUUAGCGGUGGGGAGCGGGCGCUCGCUGCGGCUUUCUCUGCCUGGGAGGCUCUGCCGCCGGGGUGCCCGACGCAGCCGCUCCUCGCCUCGCCAUGUCCAAGGAAGCGAAGAAGCCCUUCCGCCAGAGCAUGGCCGAGUGGCGGCAGUUCGUCUACAACCCCAACAGCGGCGAGUUCCUGGGGCGCACGGCUAAGAGCUGGGGUUUGAUCUUACUAUUCUAUCUGGUAUUUUACGGCUUCCUAGCAGCACUCUUCACAUUCACAAUGUGGGUUAUGCUUCAAACACUGAGCAGCGAUAUUCCAAAAUAUCGUGACCGGAUUUCUAGUCCAGGACUUAUGAUUUCACCAAAGCCAGACACUGCGUUGGAAUUUUACUUUAACAAGAGUGACGCGCAGUCAUACGCAGAAUAUAUUUCUACACUUAGAAAAUUCCUUGAAUCAUAUGAUGAUUCAAAGCAAUCCCAAAACGUAAACUGUACACCAGGAAGGAUUUUUGAUCAGAAUGAUGUUGCUGUUAAAAAGGCCUGUCGAUUUAACCUCUCUGAGCUUGGACAAUGCUCUGGAAAGGAAGACAAGACCUUUGGCUAUUCUAAAGGAACUCCCUGCGUGCUUGUGAAAAUGAACAGAAUAAUUGGAUUAAAGCCUGAAGGAGAACCACGUAUACAGUGUACCUCUAAGGAAGAAGGCAUGGUUGAGGUAAAUUAUUUUCCUCCUGAAGGCUUGAUUGACUUAAUGUACUUUCCAUACUAUGGGAAAAGCUUGCAUGCUCACUAUUUACAGCCUUUAGUGGCUGUUCAACUAGCAAUUAACUCCAACAGUACCAAAGAAGAAAUAGCAAUUGAGUGUAAGAUCCUGGGCUCACCUAAUUUAAAAAAUGAAGAUGAACGUGACAAGUUUCUGGGACGAAUUGCCUUCAAAGUUCAAAUGACUGAAUAGCUGGAGUAAAAAAUUCUCCACAAAGUAAACAUUGUGUUGUCUGUUUUGUAUCAGCUGGACAUGCCAUUCUAGUAUAUGAGACCACCUUGGAGAAUGUUAAGGUGGUUUACGGCGUUCAGGGUAGCAUAUUAAUAUGCUUCCAAAUCGUAUGUUUAAAAUCCCUCAAAAUAAAUGCCUAUCCUGCUUCUGCCUGCCCCAUUGGAACAGUGUACAGACUAUAGUUAUGUCAUAGGGACCUGUAAAUAGCUGUUUUCAAACAUAAUAAUGGUGACCUUUGUCCUGUUCUAAAACGUGGUUUUAUCCCCCAAGUGAGUGUCUCAAGCUUAAUGUGCUGUGCUAUGUAAAUAUUGUAUUGAUUUAACACUGGUUUAACUGUCAUAUCUCAAUGCUGACACAGUUAUAGGGAUAAAUAAUAAAUGGUACCUGAUUGACAUAGUGAUUUUUUUUGUAAGAGUAAACACCUCCAACGUAAAUUGUGUGUAUGGGUGUGGGUGGGUAGAUGGAUGGAUGGCUGUGUGGAGAUGCCUUAAAUUGUAGACUGGGUGGCAUGGGAGAAUUGAAAUGGAUUUUAAGAGUUGGUAUGGAUUUCUGAAAGCAAGUGCUCAACUAGUACUUUCUUGUGCUUGUCACUGUGCAAGUAUUGUGUACAUGUAAUACUUGGUAUAGAGUUUGGUAUUCUAGCUGAGGAAUCUUUCUUCGUGUUGUUAAUUGCUUGCAAUAUGUGGAGCACAAAUAAAAUCUAUACAAUAUUUUAAAACUUUUUAGUUCAGAAAUAUCAAUAUACAGCAAUUGUAAUUGUUUAGGGUCCUGGUAACAGUUGUACAACAGAGCUGCUUGAAAGAAAUGGCCUCACUGUUGUGGGAAUAGGGUUUCAUUUUCCAAUUAAAAAAUUUCCUGAAGAACCUCUGUUUAA